CAAGCAGUGUUUUGAUGCUACACGUGAGGUUCAAAUUAAAUGACCAGCUGCAUUCACCACACACAGUCGUCCGAAGAACACCGAGAGAGUUUAAUUUAUAAUAGGUGACGCUGUUAAAGCCACAAAGCUGGGCAAGCUUUCAAACAGGAAGAAAUCAUUGCUGUCCUAUCGACCCAGACGACGGCUGGUGUCGCCCAGAGUGUGGCCAAGGCAAGAGCCCUCAACCGCCACAUUCGGCACAAUGAUGGAGGGGGGCAUGCAGCUGCUCAACCGGGAUGGCCAUAGCAUCUCACACAACUCAAAGCGCCACUACCACGACUCAUUCGUGUCCAUGAACAGGAUGCGGCAGCGUGGUUUGCUGUGUGACAUUGUGCUCCAUGUCUCCAACAAAGAAAUCAAGGCACACAAAGUGGUGCUGGCAUCCUGCAGCCCCUACUUCCACGCUAUGUUUACGAAUGAGAUGUCAGAGAGUCGUCAGACCCAUGUGACCCUACACGACAUCGACUCUCAGGCUUUAGAACAGCUGGUCCAGUAUGCCUACACCGCUGAGAUUGUUGUCGGGGAGGGAAAUGUGCAGACGUUGCUCCCAGCAGCGAGCCUGCUGCAGCUCAAUGGGGUGCGGGACGCCUGCUGCAAGUUCCUCCUCAGUCAGCUAGACCCCUCCAAUUGCCUGGGCAUCAGAGGAUUCGCUGACACGCACUCCUGCAGCGACCUGCUAAAGUCUGCACACAAGUAUGUCCUACAGCACUUCGUGGAGGUUUCCAAGACCGAAGAGUUCAUGCUGCUGCCACUGAAACAGGUCCUGGAUUUGAUCUCCAGUGACAAUCUUAACGUGCCAUCUGAGGAGGAAGUUUACCGAGCUGUGUUGAGCUGGGUGAAACAUGAUAUAGAUGGACGCAGGCAACAUGUGCCUUGGCUGAUGAAGUGUGUGCGACUGCCACUGCUGAGGAGAGACUUUCUGAUGAGUAACGUAGAUACAGAGCUGCUGGUGCGUCAUCAUUCUGAGUGUAAGGACCUGCUGAUUGAGGCUCUAAAGUACCACCUGAUGCCUGAGCAGAGGGGAGUUCUCAGCAACAGCCGUACACGCCCACGACGCUGUGAGGGCGCCAGCCCUGUGCUCUUCGCCGUUGGUCAGUGUGCCCCUGAAGGCGGUGGGAGCCUGUUUGCCAUCCAUGGAGAUUGUGAGGCAUACGACACCAGGACAGAUCGCUGGCACAUGGUGGCAUCCAUGUCCACUCGGCGGGCACGGGUGGGAGUGGCAGCCAUAGGGAACAGACUCUAUGCUGUUGGAGGGUACGAUGGCACCUCAGACCUCGCAACCGUAGAGUCCUAUGACCCCAUCACUAAUUCCUGGCAGCCUGAGGUUUCCAUGGGAACGCGGCGGAGCUGUCUGGGUGUAGCGGUCCUUCAUGGGCUGCUGUAUGCUGCUGGAGGUUAUGAUGGUGCUUCCUGCCUUAAUAGUGCAGAGCGUUAUGACCCUUUGACAAGUACAUGGACCUCAAUCGCUGCUAUGAGCACCCGUAGGAGAUAUGUUCGAGUAGCAACUUUGGAUGGCAGCUUGUAUGCAGUGGGAGGUUAUGACAGCUCCUCACAUCUUGCAACGGUGGAGAAAUAUGACCCUCAGAGCAACACGUGGACAGCCAUUGCCAACAUGCUGAGUAGGCGCAGCAGUGCCGGGGUUGCAGUGCUGGACGGUAUGCUGUACGUUGCUGGAGGAAAUGAUGGCACCAGCUGCCUAAACUCUGUUGAGCGGUUCAACCCAAAGACCAACACGUGGGAGGGAGUGGCCCCAAUGAACAUACGAAGGAGCACCCACGAUCUUGUGGCAAUGGAUGGCUGGUUAUAUGCAGUGGGAGGCAACGAUGGCAGUUCCAGUCUCAACUCCAUCGAGAAGUACAACCCUCGCAGUAACAAGUGGGUUGCUGCCUCCUGCAUGUUCACAAGGCGCAGCAGCGUAGGCGUGGCUGUGCUGGAGCUGCUGAACUUCCCACCGCCCUCCUCACCCACCCUCUCGGUUUCCUCCACCAGCCUUUGACACGGGGUCACCCCUUGGCUGACUUCAGCCUCUGCUGCUACAGCCCAGACUGGCUCUGGGAAGAGACGCAACUGCUCAGUUUGAGAUGGGGUGGAGGAGGAUGAUGGGAGUGGACAGGUAAAUACAUGGAGGGAGGAGAAAGCGGUUAGAUGGCUCCUAACUCACUUCUGCUACAGUACCCUCCAGAAUACGUGGUUCUCUUGGUAAAGGCUGGUCGACUAUGGUUUAUAUCUUGACCUUAAAUUUAAAAUAACUAAGGAAUUAAAACAUAGAUUAUUAUUGUUAAAUUGUAAUAAGCAGUGCCCUUGAUCUCAAAACACAAAAAACAUUAAAUUUUAAAUAAUAGUUAGCAGGAGCCAGACAAAUUAUGAAUAUUCUACCAUGUUUUUCCCCCUGAUCUUAUUUAAUGGUCAAACCAUUAAGGCUGUUCUUUACCAAGUUUGUCAUUUAUUAUUGACUGCACAGUAUGAGGUCUCCAAUGAACAACUCCACCAUGCAGAUACCUGCUCCCACUCCUUGAUAAAGAUGUAUUUACACUCACUUAUCCUUCCUCCAGUCCCACUUUUUAUAAACCACUGCAGUGUUUGACACACUCAUCGUGUAAUGUGGUGGACACUUAACUCUGUCAUAUGUAUUGUAACGGUUGUCCUCUGCAAGAGUUUUCCUUGGAUGUCAGUUGUUUGUUUUUUUUGUUCUUUUUUUGCAAUAAUGUACAAAAAAGAUACACUGAAUGAUUUUAAUUUUGGAAUGUAGCUUUUGACUGGUUAUAUCAUGCAUGUUUACAUCUCGGCAUUGACUCCUAACAGGAGGCUAAAAUGUUAUAGUGCUGCUAUGUCACACUAGGUGGCAGUAGGAGGUAAUGCUAGAAACCCUUUCUGCACUGCGAGAGCAUGGACACUAACAAUAUUGAAAAGUUAGGCCCUCAGAACUGUAAAUGAGUUUGGAUGUUUUGCUUUUGUAAAAAAAAAACUAUAUGUUAAACUAUAUGUAUUUAUGAAAAUGUACAUAUUAUAGUAUAUUCUGUUUUAAAGAUGUUUAGUGAAGGAAACAGGUCAGACAUAUCCCUAUUUAAGAGUGUUUUUUAAUAUAUUUAUUUAGGUGUGUGAUGUUCAUUUUGUCAACAGAAAUGACAAAGAAUGUUUAAAUGUGAGAGAGGUGGUUGUUCUGUUUGGCUGAGCUGAACGUUUCUCCAGGUUUUGAAGACUGAAUGUUGCAUUUUGAAAUGCAGCAUUUUAGUUGCAUUUCGUAAUGUUUCUUCACUGCCACAAUCCAGAUCUCACAUGAGCCUGUACAUAAUAUCCAAUACAUUUGUCCAAAACACUUGAGUUACUUGCAAGACCAUUGCCCAGUGUAUGAAAUGACUGUGUUGUCUUUAACCCUUCUUAACUAUUUCUAAAUAGACAUGGAGGUGUUUGUACUUGUUUACCAGAAGUAUUCCAACACUAAACAAAAAUGAGUAAUGCUGUUGACACUUGGUGCUGUCAUAUUCCAUACCUCACUCUAUCAAGUGGGGUGUUAAAUUACCUCAUUGUUGAAACGUAUCCAACUCACAGUUAAACUAGACACAAUAAAGCAUGAAAAACACUGGCUCGAGGAUAUAUGGCGGUUGAUUUCUAAAAGAAAUGAUCACUUUGAGUCUUUUCCUCUCAGCUAAUAACAACCAGGUUCAGCUCAGUUCAUGUGUAGCGCAGUGUUACCAUUCCAAACUUCUGAGAAGUUACCUUUUUUUACCUUAUUUUAAAGGAUUUUGUUGAUCCUAUUCUGUCUGUGAAACUACCUUGUUUUUUAUUUCUUUAGAGGACCCAGUAGAAUAGGGGCUGGUGGAGUAGAGGUUUUAAGAGAAAGGCACACAAAACCACGUAACACUUUCGCCUCCAUUCUGCUUUUCCAACUGUAAAUAAUAAGAUUGCUAUCUUAAAUCCAUGUGUGCAAUUUCAAAGUGACAGUGGCUUUCUUUUUUCAUUUGUCUGCGAUGUGGUGAUAAUUGUUUACCUUUAUUUAUUGACGAGAAACCUUAAAAUAUUUAAUUUUGCACUGUUGCGAAAUGGAGCAAUACACUGUAAGAAAUGAAAUAAAGAUGAUUUCAGGUGUGA